AUGAUUAAUUAAUAAGUGUUCGAAUAACUCAAUUCCAUUCUUUUUAAGUAGAAGUUUGAAAAUCAAAUCAAAAAUAUGUACCCAACAUAAAAAAACUUAGAAUUCAAGUAAAUAAUUUUUUAGAAAUCUAAAAGAUUUAUUGUACUAAAAAAAAUUGAAACACAGAUUACUAAGACUUAAAAAAAAAUCACAAAAUAUUGGAUUGCUGAUGAGAGUGGGAGUGCAUUCUUGAAUGUACAUGAUAUGGAUGAGUCAGCCAUAAAUCCAGGAGAUGUUUGUGUUAUGGUUGGAGCUUAUACAAAUCUUUUUAAAGGGAUGAUGAAUAUUCAUCAAGGUGAUUAUAAAAAAUAUUAUAGGCAAGAAUGGAAUAUUCAAAAAAGUCAGUGAAUUUGAUCUUCAAUAUUUGACUUACCCUAAUCAUAGUUUAAAGAAUUGGGGCAAUGAAUAAUAAACAACUUAAUUUUGAAGUUAAAUAU